AUGCUGACUGCUGUCCUAGGGCUGCUCAUGCUGGCGGCCGUGGCCGAGUUUCUCAUUGGCCUGGUUGGAAACGCAGUCCUUGUGGCCUGGAGUCUUGGAGAAUGGGUCAGGAAAUCCAGGGGGCUCUCCUACCACCUCAUCAUCCUGGGCCUGGCUGGCUGCCGAUUUCUCCUGCAGUGCCUGAUCAUGGUGGACUUAAUCCUGUGUCCGUUCUUGCAGAGCAGCCUUGAGCUUCGCUUUCUGAAUAUCUUCUGGGUUGUGGCAAGCCAGGCCAGCCUGUGGUUUGCCACUUUCCUCAGUGUCUUCUACUGCAAGAAGAUCACAACCUUCGAGCACCGCGUCUACCUUUGGCUGAAGCAGAGGGCCCAUUGCCUGAGUGGCUGGUGCCUUCUAGCGUGCCUCAUGACCAAUGUGUUCCUUGUAGCCCACGUUGGCUUAGAGUUCUACAGUCCUUCCCAAAGAAAUAGCAGCAUCCUGUACCACCUUUCAAGGUGGCACUAUCAGCGCAUAUUGCAGCUCAAUGCGGGAACUGGGUUUCCUUUUGCGGUGUUUCUUAUUUCCUCUGGGAUGCUGAUUGUCUCUUUGUAUAGACACCAUAGGAAGAUGAAGGGCCACACCGCUGGCAGGAGUGAUGCUCGGGCCAAGGCUCACAUCACUGUCCUGAAGUCAUUGGUCUGCUUCCUUAUUCUUUAUGUGGUUUACUUCAUGGCCAGCCCCUACUCUAUCACCUCCAAGGCCCCUCCUGCUAAUCUCGUGACUGUGUUUGUCUCGGAGACACUCAUGGCUGCCUAUCCUUCUCUUCAUUCUGUCAUAUUGAUCAUGGGGAAUCCCAGGGCGAGGCAGGCUUGUCGGAGGAUCCUGCGGAAGACAGCGUGUGCUUGGCGGUCCUAG